CGGCGAGGCAGCACUGCGUCCGAGCGCUCGCUGGCCGUGGGCGUCCUUGCGGAGACGGUGGCGGUGCUGGACUGCCGCUGCUGCCGGCGCUUUGCCGGGCGCCUGCUGCCGGCGCUGGCCGAGUCGGCGCGCGACGGCGACCCCGAGGUGCGCGGCAACGCCGUCUACGGCCUCGGCGUGCUGGCACACGGCGCACGAGACGUGCUAGCACCACACUUGCCGCUGCUGCUGGGGCUGCUGUCGACGGCGCUGUCCAGCGAGGAGAACCGCCGUGUGCUGGACAACGCCUGCGGCGCACUCGCACGCAUCAUCACCAGCGCCAGCCCCUCGCUGCUCGUGCCUGUGGAGCAGGUGUUCCCGGCCAUGCUGCAGGCGCUGCCCCUGGUGGAGGACCUGGAGGAGAACACCGCCGUGUUCACCUGUGUGACACAACUCUACCAGGCCACAGGACUCACACAGGUUUUGCAGAACCUGGGUCCUGUGCUCAGAGCGGUUGGACACGUCCUGGGCACGACGCAAAUCACCGAGGCUGUGGAGUCGUCGCUGCGUGUGAUGGUGCUCGACCUGGCGCAGCGCCACCCUGCGGAGUUCCACGCUGCGCUGAGCACGCUGCCAGCACACAGCGCCUGCAGGCUGCACGCAGAUGCUGCUGCAGCCUUGUCCUGAGAGAGCCGGAUACAGCCUGCACACUCGCUCACCACUCCUCACCAACACACGCUCACCACUCCUCGCUCACCACUCCUCACCAACACACGCUCACCACUCCUCACCGACACGCGCUCACCACUCCUCA